AUGGUCUUCAAACCUUGGACAGAAAGAGCACCACGUCAUACAUUUGAAGAUAUAACUGAUCAAUUGGUUUCUCAACCAUUACCAAAAAUUCAAUUAAAUUUGGCCACCCAAAUAUCAGGUACAACAAUAAUAAUACCAAAUACUUUAUCAUUUAUAAAUGAUUCAUUAUUAAAAUUAUUCCCUGAGAAUACAAAGAUUGGUACUGUAUCAAUUUAUAAGUUUUUGACCAAAAAUGAUGAAAACCAAGAUGAAUAUUUAGAAGAUGAACAAUUAUAUAAAUCACAAAAACAAGAUCAAUUAAUUGAAGAAUUUGAUCAAGAAUUAUAUAUCUAUAAAUUAAACAAUGAAUUAAAUUUAUUAUUAGUUCCAAAUUUCCAGAAUGUUAUUUAUUAUAAUUUAAUUUCCAAGGAAAUUUUAUCCAAAACAACUGAUAUUUUAACAAUAACACCAGGAAAUUUAUCAUUUGAUCAAUCAAUUGCCAUAUUAGGUUCAUCAUACCCAGAUACAAAAUUCCCAUAUUUACAACCACCAUUCCAUAUAACUGGUAUAUCUGGAAGUUUAUUAAGUAAAUCAUCAAAAGUUAAAGGUUUAAUUUUGAAAAGUGAAGGUGUUUCAGGAUUUGAAAAAAUUGAUAAAGAAAGUAUUGAAAAUUUAAGUUAUUAUUUACAAAAGCAAUUUAAAUUUAAUGAAGAAUUUUUAAAAUUUAUUAGAAAUUCAUUAAAAAAUCAUAAUUCAAGUAAUAAUUUUGGUUUAUAUCUAUGA